AUGAACACUCACCAUCGAGGACACAUAUCACAGUCUGGAACUGGAGCUGCAACAGUUGAAAUUACUGCUGUUGAGCCAUUUGUUGCAGCUGGAACUGCGUUUGUUGACGGCGUUGGUGCAGAUGCUGCUGUGUGGGUUGAUGUUGUGGAUCCUGUUGUUGGUGGUGCUGUAGGAGAAGCUGUUAUAUAUAGGGUGCGACCCCAGCAGCCUGCAGCCACCGCCUCCAGAAUGCAGCGCCUCGCCCUCUUGUUCGUGUGUCUGCUCGGCUCUGCCGUAGCCUUGCCGGCCCGCACCAGGCUGUGGAGCAGGGGCAACAGCCGCAUCAUCGGAGGAAGCAACGCCAACAUCGCCAACUACCCGUGGCAGCUGUCCUUCCAGUAUGGCGGUUCGCACAUCUGCGGAGCCUCCAUCAUCAGCUCCACGUGGGCGCUGACGGCCGCUCACUGUGUGGACGGCAUGAGCCUCCUGCUGAUGACUUUCAGAGCCGGGUCGUCUAUUCGUGGAAGCGGUGGCACCGUACUGAGGGCCUCCUCUGGCUACAUGCACGCAUCGUACGACAGCGACACGGUGGACUACGACGUUGCCGUCGUUCAGGUGUCUGGAUCUCUGCUCGGUACGAACGCCCAGGCCGUCAGCCUCCCGUCCGACGGCUACGACCCCGCCGGAGGCCUGGCCGUGACCGUCACUGGCUGGGGAUCCACGUACACGAACGGCCCGGCCCCGAGCAACCUGCAGAAGCUGGACAUCAGCAUCGUGGCGCGCUCCACCUGCCAGAGCAUCUUCGCCAACGUGAACACCGUGACGGCCCGCAUGGUGUGCGCCGGCAGCGCGGGCCAGAGCGUGUGCAGCGGAGACUCGGGCGGCCCCCUGGUCAGCGGCAGCACGCAGGUGGGCAUCGUCUCCUGGGGGGUCAGCCCCUGCGAGGCCAGCCCCGGCGUCUACGCCAACGUCGGGAACCUGCGCUCCUGGAUCCGCUCUGCAGCAGGUGUCUAA